GUUUUGUUUUGUUUUGGUUUUUCAAAAAAAAACUUUCGAAAAAUUUUGAAAAAUAUGGCUGCUCCAAUACCAAGCUAUAUACGACGUUAUCAAAAACGUAAAGAUCGUAUUGAUUAUUAUCUUUUUAGUGAUCCAAAUGGUUUUCGACAAUUAAUGCAACAAUUAUCAUGCGGUUAUACUGGUUUUAUGUUUCCAUUAGAACGAACUGAUUCGAAAAAAUAUUAUCGUUAUCGUCAAUUUGAAUUGGCUACAUUCGAACAACGUGAAGAAUUGAUUGAUAAAAUUUAUUUAACAAUGAGACAAAGUAAAUUAUCAAUGUUACGUGCGAAAAGAAUGUGGCAACAAAUUUUACGACAAAUCAAAAGAGAACGAUUAACAACAACAUUAUCACCUAGUUCAUAUGAUUUAAGAAUCGAAACAAAAGAACAAUUAUUUCAAGUACAAUUACAAACAUUUUUACAACAAAAUCAAUCAAUACAUACAAUUGAUGAUUUAUUAAUACAAUUAAUAACAAAUCGUUCAAUGUUUAAUGCAUUAAAUAGUAUUAAUGAUGAAUUAAAACGUUGGAUAAAUUUAAUAACCGAACAGAAUGGUAAAUUACAACAAGAUGGUGAACGAUUAUUUCGUUUAGUUUCUAAUGAAAAUGAUUUACAUAUAAAAUUUAAAUUAUUAACCAAAUUAAUACGUAUUGGUGAUGAUGAACAAGUUGUACAAGCAUAUUGGCAACGAAUGCUUGUUUGUAUGCAAGCUGGUAAAUAUUUAACCGCUGCACAUGAUCUAGAUAUACUAUUAUCACAGGUUUGUCAACAACAAUCCGAACAAGAUUUACAAAUACAAACACCAUCACCACCACCCGGUAUGGUUAAUUGUGGUAAUGAUGUACGUUUAUCACAACAAUUAUUUUAUUAUGCAAUCAAAUGUUAUUAUCGUUUAUUGACAAAUCCAACAUAUAAAUCAUUAGGUUCAAUAAAACGUGAAAAUCAUUUACAACGUUAUCAACAUUUAAUUAGACAAUUACAAUUAUUAGCUUAUUUUGAUUAUACACCAAGAAUCCAGCGACAACAACAACAACAAUCCGUAUCAAGUCAAAUAGUUGAAUUUAUGCGUGAAUCAAUUCCUGAAUCAAUGUUAUUUCGGACAUAUGGUUCAGUAUUAAGACGAUUAAAAAAAGAAGGUUUACCAGUUGAAUUGGAUGAUAUUUUAAUACAAUUAAAACAUCAACAACAACAACAACAACAAAUUGGUCAACCAGGUAUUGAUGGACAACAAAUUCAAUCCAAUGAUAAUGAAGAAGGUUCGCUGAUGGAUUCAGCUAAGGCACAUCAAGAAUUUGCCUAUUCCGAUAUAUUUGCUACAGCACAAUUUGAUAAUGAUAAUAGUCUUUAUCUUUGUUCAACAAGACCAAUACAAAAAGGUGAAAUAAUUUUUUAUGAAAAAAUUGUUGCAUUUUCCGUAAAGAAAUCAUAUUGGAAAAAAUUUUGUACAUUUUGUAAACGUAGCGUAUCACAUCAUUUUAUACCAUGUUCAGUUUGUUCGGAAUCAGUUUUCUGUAAUGUUUUAUGUGAACGUAUGUCAUCAGCAACUAAUCAUCAAAAAACCUGUCAAUUAUCAGCAUCAAUAAUUUAUGAACAUUUUAAUAAUGAUCAUACAAUUGCAUUAAUAUAUGAUUUAUUUGCAUCAUUACCAAUACGUUUGAUUGUUGAUGCAUCACGUGUUGAUAAUAUUCGUGCAUAUGAUCAUGGUUUAAGAUAUCCAAUACGUUUACCAUUUAUGAUGACUGUAUUUACACAGAUGAUGUUGGAUUUACCAUAUUCAUCUAUCGGUCAGAUUGAUUUACAAAAACCAGAUAUUGAUGAUGGACGGAAAUUACUUUUCGAUUCAAUACGUUUAUCAAUGAUUAUUGCACAUAAAUUUCGCCUAACGAAAUUAGAUUUAGAAGCAAUCCGUACGAUAAAUGAUGAAGGAAUUGAUAAUAAAUCAAUUGAAAAUCCAAUUCAAAUGGAAGAUCUAAUAAAAUUAAUUCGAAUUGUAUUUGCAGCAUUAUAUCGAAUUAGACAUUCACCAAUUGGUCAUCAUGAUUUAAUUAAACAAUCAUUAAUGACUACGGUUGAUAAUAAUUAUCAACGUAAUAUUGUUUGUCAGGAUAAUGUUGGACGUGCAUUAGGUGCAUUUAGUGUUCGAUUACAAGCAUCAUGUCCAUCCGAAUCAAAUGUUGAACGUCAAUUUGAUAAUGAUGGUAGAAUUAUUUAUAAAGCUUCGACAAGAAUAUUACCCGGUGAUAAAUUACGUAUAUCAAAUCAAUUACCUGAUUAUACUGGACGACAACGUUUACGUUGUUUACAACGUUUAAAUCUUAAACCUUGUAAUGAAUGUCAAUUAUGUUUAACGAUUAUUCAAUCUAAUAUAUAA